AAGGGCAGAUAACUGCAAAGGUGAAAGAUGGCCGGUCACGUUCCAAGAACUGUCAGAACUCUGAUAGCUACUAAAAUUAGUCCAAAAUUCAGAGAAAUCACAAAAAUCGUGGAAGCUCCUCUGAAGGAAUUGAAACCAGGUGAAGUUUUGGUUAAGAAUAGGUUUGUUGGUAUCAAUGCCUCCGACAUAAACUACACAGCCGGGAGAUAUGAUCCUUCUAUCAAACCACCAUUUGUCUGUGGAAUGGAGGGCCUUGGUGAGGUGGUCAGAGUGGGGUCAGGGGUCAACAUGUCCCUGGGACAAGCAGUCAUGUACUGUAGGAAUGGCAGCUUUGCAGACUAUGUGAGAGUACCUGCCAAAGUUCUGACCAAGAUUCCAUCAGCCUCUCCAGAAUUUCUACCAUUCCAACUGAGUGGACCAACUGCUGCUGUAGCCCUAGACAAGUUUGGAGACUUAAAGAAAGGAGAAACUGUCUUGGUCACAGCUGCAGCUGGUGGAACAGGACAGUUUGCUGUUCAGUGGGCAAAGAAAGCUGGCUGCCAUGUUAUUGGUACUUGUUCUACAGAGGAGAAGGUGGAAUUUCUCAAGAAAUUAGGAUGUGACCGACCCAUUAACUACAAAAAAGAAGAUUUAAAAACAGUUUUGAGGACAGAAUACAAGAAAGGUGUCGAUGUUGUGUAUGAGUCUGUGGGAGGAGACACAUUUGACACCUGUUUAAAUAGCCUGAACACCCAAGGUCGCCUCAUCGUUAUUGGGUUUAUUUCGGGCUAUGAGUCAGAAUUGGGCUUCACUCCCUCCAGAGUCAUGGCUUCUCUUCCUGUCAGGUUACUGCAGAAGUCAGCAUGUGUUCAAGGAUUUUUUUUACCUCAUUUUGAGCAAGAUUGGAUGAAAUCUGCCUCAAAGCUUUCUGAGAUGUACAGCCAAGGAACUCUCAAAAGUAUUGUUGACAAUGGGGACACAACGUCCACUGGUCCGUUUAUUGGUCUGGAGAAAAUUGCAGAUGCAGUGGAGUAUAUGUACACCAAAAAGAACUUGGGAAAGAUUGUGGUGGAACUGAACAAACCAGGGACCAACAGCAAGCUAUGAUAACGGCCAUCCAGCAAACCAGUCUGCCAACAACCAGUAGUAGUGAUGAUUAUAACCCGUCAAACGUCAAAUUUGAAUUCCAGUUCAUUACCAAUUUUAGCCAAUCACAUAAUAACUUGUGAUUUCAAUGGACAUUAUGAUUCUCAUGAAGCUAUAGAUAUCUCAAUAAGCCUCAUAUUUUAAUCAUUUGUAUGUAUCUUAGUGUCUUAUUGAAUUCUAUGACGUAGAACAGAGAUGCUAAUUUGUGCACAAGAAAAAAUAUAUAUGCAGACAUUCAUAUUGUGAUGAACCUAUAUGGGACAUGAUUCCGGUGACAGGAGGUCAUCUAAUCCUCGACAGAUUACCCCAACACUCCAUAUUGGUGGUGGCCCUGGUCAUAAAUCCACAGUCUGUCGAGGAAUAAAUCAUCAUCUAGUCACUAAGCAGUAAAUGUGUGUGUAAAUAAUUACUGGUGUGAAUGAUUACAUAGGAAGAUAGUGUUGUAUACUAUUGAAUGAAAAUAUGAAAUAUUUCAUUUGUGCGAUAAUAAUUUAUGAAUUUUGCUGAAUAACAUGAUACCGGAUAGGCAGCAAUGUUUCUAUACUCUAUCACAGUGGUGCAGAAAUAUUAAGCCAAAUUUGUAUGAUUUUUAAUAAAAUAUUUAAUUAAA